CACACACUCUCUCUCUCUUCUAACAUAAAAGCAAGAAAAUGGCUGCGUGGAUACCAGAGAUUCCCGCCUAUUUCGGUUUUGCUUGUGGUGGUGAUCCCUCUCUUGUUCCAAAUUGCAAACACCUCAAUCUUUUCUCCUCUUCCGCCCUCCCCCCUCCCUCUAUCUCUUCGUAUGCCUCUGGUCUUCCGAUUCGUCCCUUCUCUUUUCAAGUGAAGGACGUUCGUGGAUCAGUUCCAUCAUGAAUUGAAGCUUUAGAGGGCCACCUUGGCAAGAGGCUUUUAGGAGUGGAUUACUCAACCUUACUUGGGCUGCUUGUUUAGGGGGACAAAGAGUAGGUGCCUGCGUCAUUUCUAUUGGGUUAAAUUUCUGUUUCUUUGCAAGGAAUGAAGUUUUCAUGAACUUCUAAAACUACGUAUCAUUGUUGUAGAUGACUAAACAGGUAGUUCAAUUAUUUCAAUUUGUUCCUCUUUACAAUUGCUAUAGUGCUGAGGCAGUGUUUUCUAACGAGGAUCUGGCAUGGUUUAGAUUUGAAGUGGUUUCUGGACAUAGCAUACUUUCAACAUCUGCCUAAAUCUUCAUCAGUUACAGCACCUUUUCUGUAAAGGACACUAGCUGGAUUUGGACUCAUUUUGAUGUGUCUAUCGGCAUUAUAGAUUUCAAGUCCUAAUGGAUGGUGAUACUGUUGUUUCCGAGAAUCCUACAAGAAAUGAGGCUGAUGUUUCUCAGAAAAUGGUCUUCUUGCAUGGAGAACUGGAUAUAAGGAUUGUAGAAGCAAAAGCACUUCCAAACAUGGACUUAGCUACGGAAAGAAUGAGAAAGUGUUUUACCAUGUUUGGGACUUGUGGAUCUCCCUUUGACAUAGCGAGUAAAUCCUCCGGCAGGCACUCGGCCAUUACUAGCGACCCUUAUGUGUCUGUUUGCCUAGCGGGUGCUACUGUAGCUCAAACUAGAGUAAUAACCAACUCCGAGUUCCCUUUGUGGGAUGAGCAUUUUCAUGUUCCAGUAGCUCACCCUGUGGUAAAAGUGGAAUUUCAGGUCAAGGAUAAUGAUAUUCUUGGUGCCCAACUUAUUGGUGUGGUAGAGAUCUCUGCAGACAAAUUAGUCUCCGGUAAUAAAAUUGACGGGUGGUUCCCUAUAGUAGGAUCUUAUGGGAAUCACUUGAAUCCCGAAUUGCAUCUUUCUAUUCAGUUUAUUCCAGUUGGUGAAAACCCUUUGCAUAAGGAUGGCGUUGGAGUAGCAAAUACAUAUUUUCCCCUCCGGAAAGGAGGGAGUGUCACCCUUUAUCAGGAUGCCCAUAUGCCCGAUGGAAUGCUUCCUGAGAUUUUACUGGAUGGCGGAAAAGUUUUCCACCAAAACAAAUGCUGGGAGGAUAUUUGUCAUGCCAUAUUAGAAGCUCACCACAUGAUUUAUAUCGUUGGAUGGUCUAUAUAUCACCGGGUGAAGCUUGUGAGGGAGCCAACGAGACCAUUGCCUUCUGGAGGAGAGCUUUCCCUUGGAGAAUUGCUAAAGUACAAGUCACAAGAAGGUGUUCGCGUGCUGUUGCUUAUUUGGGAUGAUAAAACUUCACAUGACAAAUUUCUUUUGAAAACGGAAGGUUUGAUGCAGACUCAUGAUGAGGAAACAAGAAAGUUUUUCAAACGCUCAAGCGUCCAAUGUGUGCUUUGCCCUCGUUAUGCCAGCAAUAAGCUUAGUAUUUUCAAACAACAGGUGGUGGGAACUCUUUUUACACAUCAUCAGAAGUGUGUGAUUCUUGACACUCAAGCUACUGGAAAUAAUCGGAAAGUUAGUGCCUUUAUUGGUGGUUUGGAUUUAUGUGAUGGACGGUAUGAUACUCCUGAGCAUAGGCUGUUUCGUGAUCUUGACACGGUCUUUGAAAAUGAUUUUCGUAAUCCCACAUUUACGUCUCGCUCCCGUGGACCGAGGCAACCGUGGCAUGAUUUACACUGUAAGAUUGAAGGUCCAGCUGCUUUCGAUAUAAUGACUAAUUUUGAACAAAGAUGGAGAAAAGCCGCAAAAUGGCGGAAUUUCAAGCUCAAAAAGGUUACACAUUGGCAUGAUGACGCCUUGAUAAAGCUGGACCGGAUGUCAUGGAUACUCACCCCCUCUUCUGGUCCUAAUGGUGACAGUGCUUUACGUGUUAAUGAUGAGGAAGAUCCUGAGACCUGGCAUGUUCAGGUUUUUCGAUCAAUUGAUUCUGGAUCAGUUAAAGGAUUUCCAAAAGAUGUUAAGGAAGCUGAGUCACAGAGCCUUGUAUGCGGGAAGAAUUUACAAGUUGACAGAAGCAUACAUACCGCAUAUGUUAACGCAAUUAGAUCAGCCCAACAUUUCAUAUAUAUAGAGAACCAGUAUUUUCUUGGAUCUUCAUAUUGCUGGCCAUCAUACAAAAAUGCAGGUGCAGAUAACCUAAUUCCCAUGGAACUUGCAUUGAAAAUUGCCAGCAAAAUCAAUGCAAAUGAACGCUUCUCUGCCUAUAUCAUUAUUCCAAUGUACCCAGAAGGUGUCCCCACUAGUGCUGCCAUGCAGGAAAUUCUUUUUUGGCAGGGGCAGACAAUGACUAUGAUGUACAAGAUUAUUGCAGAGGCUCUUGAAAGAGCAGGUCUUUCUGAUUGUUAUCACCCACAAGAUUAUUUGAAUUUCUAUUGCCUUGGUAAGCGUGAAGCUUCAUCGCCAGAAAGUUCGGCUCAACCUAGUCAGCCUCCUGAGAACCGCGCAUUGGGAUUAGCUCAAAAGUUCAGGAGAUUUAUGAUUUACGUCCAUGCCAAAGGGAUGAUAGUUGAUGACGAGUACGUGAUAAUAGGAUCUGCAAACAUUAAUCAGAGAUCUUUGGAUGGUUCAAGGGAUACAGAAAUAGCAAUGGGUGCUUAUCAACCAAAUUACUCAUGGGCCAACAAGAAAACUCAUCCACGAGGACAGGUUUAUGGGUAUCGGAUGUCUCUCUGGGCUGAACACCUUGGCAAGCUCAAAGACUCAUUCCGCCAACCACACACCAUUGAAUGUGUUAAGCUUGUCAAUAAGAUUGCCAAGCAAAACUGGAAGGCGUUUGUGGCGGAUGAGGAUAGAGAAAUGUUGGGACAUUUGAUGCAUUAUCCUGUCGAAGUAAGCAGGAGUGGGAAAGUGAGUCCAUUGCCUGGUCAUGAAUCAUUUCCUGAUGUUGGAGGUAAGGUUCUUGGAUCCCCCACCAAUCUCCCUGAUGCCCUCACAACCUAACAUCAACCUUCAAGCAGUUCUGUAGCAAAAGUGCUUUGGAAGUGAAAAAAUGGAGAAAAUAAAAGAGAGAAGAGCAAAGGAAGCAUGUAUACUGUUUGAUUAAUCAUAGGAACUGAGAAUGUACCUCCAUUAAUGUGGGAGUGCUACCAAGUGAUGUAAAUUGUGUAUAUUUGAUUAAACCACAUAUGUAAGACGAAGAUCAUAUUUUUGCACAUUAAACCAAUAGUUGUCAG